AUGUCACGCAGAGUAUAUAUUGGUCACGUACCUCCUCAGGCUCAGAAAGCCGAUGUAGAAGAUCACUUCAAGGGUUAUGGUCGUCUUGCAGAUGUCAAGCUCAUGGGGAACUUCGGGUUUCUCGAGUUUGACUCGUCUAGGGAUGCCGAAGAUGCUAUUCGAGACCUGAACGGGAAAUCCUUCAUGGGAGAAAGUCGUCCUCCUCGAAACUCUGGUCCUCCUCGAAAAGGUGUCCGAAUCAGUGUGAUUGGAAUUCCUAGCUCCACAAGCUGGCAGGACCUCAAGGACUACGGUCGACUCGGUGGCAAUAAUAUCAUCUACGCUGAUGUUGAUCGAAACAAUCCCGGUCAAGGUAUCGUCGAGUACCCGACCUUGGAGGACGCCGAAGAAGCGGUAAAACGUCUUGCUGGGAAUCCUGCUGGGGCUGAUGAUAGUCGACGUGACUUCGACCGCCGACCCCCUCCUCGUGACUAUGAUGACCGUCGUUCUUACAACCGAAGUUACGACGAUCGACGUGCUCCUAGAGACUACGAUCGUCGAGACGAUCGAAGGGACGAUAGACGAGACGAUAGAAGGGAUGACCGAAGGGAUGACAGACGAGACGACAGAAGAGAUGACAGAAGGGAUGAUAGAAGAGACGAUUCGUACGUUCCUCGGGAAAGAUCACCUCGAAGAGAUUACGAUGCACCUCGACGAGAUUACGAUGAUCGUGCUCCCAGAGUCGACCGUGAUUAG